AUGGAGGGUACAUUCAUUUUGUUGUUUUUUGCGGCAUUAUUGGUGAGCACUGAAGCCCUUAACAAUGGUUUAGCUCUGACGCCACCGAUGGGUUGGCUGACGUGGCAAAGAUUUAGGUGUAUUACAGAUUGUCAAAAAUAUCCAGAUGAAUGUAUCAGUGAAAACCUGAUAAAGCGUACAGCAGAUAUUAUGUUACGAGAGGGUUAUUUAGACGCUGGAUAUAAUUACGUGGGGAUAGACGAUUGUUGGCUAGAGAAAGAUCGGGAUGAAAAUGGCCGUCUAGUUCCUGAUCGGGAAAGAUUUCCUAAUGGCAUGAAAGCUGUUGCUGAUUAUCUUCACGAAAGAGGUUUUAAGUUUGCCUUAUACCAAGAUUAUGGUAACAAAACGUGUGCUGGUUACCCUGGUGUAUUGGGUCAUGAGGAUACUGACGUCAAAACUUUUACCGAUUGGGAUGUUGAUUACAUAAAAUUAGAUGGAUGUUACGUGAAUGUAACUAAAAUGGAUUCUGGUUAUCCGUAUUUUGGCAGAUUAAUGAAUGAAACUGGAAGGCCUAUGGUCUAUUCGUGUAGUUGGCCAGCUUAUCAAGACAAGCCAGACUACUCUUCCAUUGCAAAGCAUUGCAACUUGUGGCGGAAUUGGGAUGACAUCGACGACUCGUGGAGUUCCUUGACUAAAAUCAUGACGUGGUUCGCUGAACAUCAAGAUGAUUUUGUACAAUAUGCUGGACCGGGAAAUUGGAAUGAUCCUGACAUGCUCAUAAUAGGCAAUUAUGGAUUAUCUUUGGAUCAAGCGAAAGUUCAAAUGGCAGUGUGGUCGAUAUUAGCUGCACCGUUACUUAUGAGUGUUGAUUUAGCUAAAAUCAGACAAGAGUAUAAAGAUAUACUUCUAAAUAAAGAAAUUAUAGCAAUUGAUCAAGAUUCAUUGGCAAAGCAAGGUUUGCGAGUGUGGAAUAAAUCAAAAUGCGAGAUUUGGACCCGAGAGCUGUCAGAUGAAUCCUACGCAAUCGCAUUUGUGAGCCGGCGAGACGACGGCGCACCGUACUCUUUAAAAGUUUCCUUCGAGGAUAUGAAAAUUCCAAUGCAAUCAUAUAAAAUUCAGGAUCUUUAUAAAGAAGAAGAGGAGCGCAGUUUCGGACCGGAAGGUGACUUCGAGACGAGAAUUAAUCCGUCAGGUGUAAAGUUUUACAAGUUUAUUACGCAGAAAUCCAACAUGGUUAAA